AUGAAUGCAAGAAGCUUUCGGUUUCCUCCCUCAACAUGUCCAACGCUCGAAGAACGAACUAUAAAUGCAAAGAUAGAGAAUUCAGAAGACGAAAAACCAUUGCAACGAGCUAAAGAUAAACCAUUCCCUGUGGAUGAUGUCCUGGCACGUUCAUCCAAAGAAACGGGACCACCUUCAGCUCAGCCUGUUGCGGACACCAAGCAAGAUGCUAAUGCUACUCUUGGUAGUAUAUACUUCGGCUAUGGGUACGACUCCACAAGAAAUCGACGAGAGCUGUCCGAACCACGGGUUUCUACGAACAAAGGCUACCCUGAGGUUGAUCUUGUGGGUGAAUUACGAGUACUGGACUCACCUGAGGACGUCAUGUAUUUUGGUAAG